CGUUCUUGCCUUUUAGAAAACGGGGUACCCCCCCGCCCCUCCCUGCGCUCCGACCAAUCCCGACCCAGGACACGGGAGCGGCCGGCCAAUGGGGAGAGAGGUCCUGGUAUAAGAAGCACAGCCUGGCACCUGGCGGAGUUGGGCUACCCCUACAGUUGAUUACAGGAUUUGAUCCCGGGAUCUGUUGUUUCUUUCUCUUGAGCAGACAGAACUAAAGCUACAGCCAUGGCAAAGAACUGCCACAAUGACUACAAGAUGAAGUUCUCCGGGGACGAGGAGUUCCCCGAUCUGUCUCUGCACAACAACCACAUGGCCAAGGUGCUGACCAAGGACAUUUACAACAAGCUGAGGGGAAAGUCCACCCCCAGUGGCUUCACCGUGGAUGACAUCAUCCAGACCGGUGUGGAUAACCCCGGCCACCCCUUCAUCAUGACCGUGGGCUGCGUCGCUGGUGACGAGGAGUCCUACGAGGUCUUCAAGGAUCUGCUGGACCCCAUCAUCUCCGACCGUCACAGUGGAUACAAACCCACCGACAAGCACAGGACCGACCUGAACUUCGAGAACCUGAAGGGAGGAGAUGACCUGGACCCCGCCUACGUGCUCUCCAGCCGCGUGCGUACCGGACGCUCCAUCAAGGGGUUCACCCUGCCCCCCCACAACAGCCGUGGGGAGCGCAGAACCAUCGAGAAGCUCUCCAUCGAGGCUCUGGCCACCCUGAGCGGUGAGUUCCAGGGUAAGUACUACCCCCUGAACGGCAUGACCGACAAGGAGCAGGACCAGCUGAUCAACGACCACUUCCUGUUCGACAAGCCCGUCUCCCCCCUGCUGACCUGCGCCGGCAUGGCCCGCGACUGGCCCGACGCUAGAGGCAUCUGGCACAACGAUGCUAAGACUUUCCUGGUCUGGGUGAACGAGGAGGAUCAUCUCCGCGUCAUCUCCAUGCAGCAGGGUGGCAACAUGAAGGAGGUGUUCAGACGCUUCUGCACCGGUCUGCUGAAGAUCGAGGAGACCUUCAAGAAGCACAACCACGGCUUCAUGUGGAACGAGCAUCUGGGAUACGUGCUCACCUGCCCCUCCAACCUGGGAACCGGCCUGCGCGGCGGCGUGCACGUCAAACUCCCCAAGCUCAGCACACACGCCAAGUUCGAGGAGAUCCUCACCAGGCUGCGUCUGCAGAAGCGCGGAACCGGUGGCGUCGACACAGCCUCCGUGGGCGGUGUGUUCGACAUCUCCAACGCCGAUCGUCUGGGCUCCUCCGAGGUGGAUCAGGUCCAGAUGGUGGUUGAUGGUGUCAAGCUGAUGGUGGCGAUGGAGAAGAAGCUGGAGAAGUCCGAGUCCAUCGACGACAUGAUCCCUGCCCAGAAGUAAAUCAGAAAAGACGGAACAGACAAAUGGAUACCUGCAAUUUUUUGUAUUAUAAAAAAACAAAAACCGAACGGGUGGUCUUGUUGUAAAGUUAGCUUUGCCGGAUGAUGCCGUCUGGCAGAUUUUCCUGAGAACAACGCUACUCUGUCAUCAAGCGUUGCUUCUUACUUCUGACUUCUGAACACUGUCUCUUCAACCUACUGACCUUUUCAUUUCACUUCCUACUUUCUACUUCCUUUCCCACUUUAACCAUCUUCCAAUCUCUCUUUUAACAUCCUGGGAUCAAUCGGAGCCAAUAGUCCUGCUAUGAGCGCUGACCGAAAUUCAUCAACACCUUUUGAUUGUAAAAUAUUGGUUGACAAAUAAAAUCACGCCCCAUGUUACAAUCAAA